AUGGACCUUCAGGUUGCCGAGCUGCCCAAGCGUUGUUACGCUUUCCUCCAUGAGAAGGACUAUCCGCUCGCGGGCGCGCAACGCGACUCGCUUCUCGACCACUUUGGCGUGCCCAAGUUCGUCGGGAGCAAGACAUGCACGGAGUUGAACGGCUACUUUGGCUGCAAGGCAAAGUAUGAUACCCAUCAUAAUCUGACGAGAUACAGCAAGUAA